AUGCUUCUGUCAAAAUCUCUGCUUCGAGCCGCGCCGGCUAAACCCCUUCACCUACGUCCUAGUAUCUUUUCACAGAUCGGAGUUAUCCCGAUGAAUAGCCAAAAACGGCAGGGGCACGGCGGGCGCGGGCGCGGGCGCGGACGCGGACGCGGCGGAUCGCGUCCCUCCCACCCAAGCGUCCCCCCCUCAAGAUCUAUCAACCCCGGCACACCCGUCAACAUCAUUCUCAAAGCCGACCAGCCUACAGGGCGCACAGUAUCAGGCACAGUGAGCGAUCUACUCACGCGCGGCGAUCACCCCCGAGGUGUCAAAGUGCGUCUCACGGACGGGCGCGUCGGGCGAGUGCAGAGCAUCGGAACCGGCGAGCCGACACAUGAGGCAGGAGAUGACACAGAGGGCACACAACCAGGUGAGCCUGGCAUUCAAUUAAGAUCAGAAGGCGGCGACUCAAGCGGGAGGCGCAAUCGGUUUACCUCGCGUGACAUGCGUCUUGAUGGACCGGAGGAACCUUCGGCGGAGCCCCUUGGAUUGGAUAUGUACAUACGUCCCGCCAAAGGAAAGAAGAAGAGCCAAAAGGCGCAGGCAGCACAGGGACUGGGAGAGGAGAGCCAUGCAAGUGCGAAAGAUGCAGGCGCUGCCGCUCAAAAGCCUGGCUCGCUGAAAUGCCCCGUGUGCGCUGAUUUUGAAGGCGAUGAAGCCGCUGUAGCGCACCACGUUGCUGGCCAUUUUGGAGAGUGA